GUAGCUAGCAUGCAAGAAGAGCAGUCAUAUCACUGAGUUUUCUUUACCGACUGUGUGCUGCCGUCGUGUGAACUGAGACUUUUCUAUUUUAAAACCCCUAGAUAUUCCAACCUAAGCUGCCAUAUCCAAUAUGUUUUCGAUCAAGGAAAUAGUUGUAGUUAUUUUUACAUUGGUUUUCGUCUGUAGUGUUGUUCGAGCUCAGGGUAAAUAUUCAGAAAACACCAACGAGUCGGGUGGGCGUAACAUUCGAGAUGGAAAGCGAACUGCUCAAGAAGACCUUGACUUCAGAUCAAGAAUUGUUCAACAAGUUUGGGAGAAAGCCAACAAGAUGAAGAUGCCACCAGUCAAGAUGAACGAGUUAAGAGAGUCUUUGUUGAAACAUGACACUAAAGUGAUGCAGUUGAAGAAACAUCAACGAGAUGGGGCGGAUGCUGAUGGAGACACCGAAGCACUCCUACGCCGAAGAUUAUCAGACAUUAUGAGACAAUUUGGGAUGAUUCCACCAGAGGAGACAGAGAGGAGGAAGUCCAGAGAAGCUUUUAAAACAUCCGGCGGGGAUUUCAGUGACGCUAAAAUCAACAAGCUGUGGAUGAAGGCGCAACAAUUACCCAACUUUAACGCUCUGGAAUUGGAACAGCUUAGAGAAGAACUACUUCACCAUCAAGAAAAACAAGACCAGUUUGAGCAACUGUCAGAACAGCUUUAUGGAGACAAAGCCAAAGACGCCAAUCGUGUUGAUCGUGAUUCUAUCAAACCGGUGGAUCCAAAAGAUCGUUCCAUCUUGGAGCUCGAUCUGAAGCUGCAGCACCGGAGCCUGAGUCGUGACUUUCAGCGACUCUCUUCAAUCACAAUUCCCGAGGGUCAUCGCGGCGACUUCGUUGAGCCACGGAUCAUCAAUCUCUGGAGGGAAGCCCAAUUCUCAAACUUUACGGAAGAGGAACUCGAGUCGCUCAAGACCGAGUUGAAACAUUUUGAGGUGAAGCUGACCAAGUUUGAGACUCUACAUGUACAGUCACUGGAAGCGGAGAAGAAUUAUCGCGUAUCUAAGAAACUUGGUGAACCCGCUGAUGCCAUGAAGCACAGAUCUCUAAGAGAACAGGCUAGUGAUAUCGGCAGUAAGGUUAACCAAUAUAUAAACAACAUGAGAGGUCAGAUCAGAAAAGGGAAGCUUCGUGCAGAUGAACUCUAAUCAAGCGCCAGCCACAGAGAGAUAGACCAGAACGAAAUACGCCACUAUAAAGAUACAGGAAUAUUCUUUUUUAUUUAAAAUCUUUAUUUGAAAUAAUUAUCUCUUUUAACUAUUUUUUUUUCAUUUUUAGAAACGAAGUAUAGUAAUUAUGUCAGUUCUUGGAAUUUCCACCGUCUUUGAUACUAAAAACAAUUUUGUACUGACUACAACUUUUUGACAUUUUUGUUUUAUUUCAUAACAAAAUAAUGAGAGAACUAUUUGUGGAAAUAGCAUUUGCUCAUUUUUUAAAUUUACGUUUUAGCUUAAAUUUAUUUAUGAAAAUAUUUUCAUGUCCACAAAUUGUUGUCUUACUUUUGCUCAGCAAAAUUCGCGUAUGUUGUAUUAACACUUUCAAAGUGUAUUCACCCUAACUCCCUCCCAAAAUGAGAUGUCCUAUUUUUCUCCAAAUUAUAGAAUAAGUCUGAAAUUUCAAUCUAUAUUUAGAAGUAAACCCAUGAGAUGGCCAUUUUAUUUUGUUUUAUUAAGAAUUUUGUUCUGCUUUUUCCGAAGAAGUACUCUUAAAUAUUUUGUAGUUUUGUAGUUUAUGAAAUAUUGUAAUCUCUAAAAUUUCUGAAGUGAAUUUUUCCCUGUGGAGUCACGAUAACAUGGAUUAAAGAGCUUUAGUGCACGAA